GGUGAGGAAACAUAGAAGGUUCGUUGAAUUUACCCUCAGGGGCAGGGAUACUAUAGACCAUAGCUAAGUUAAGAUUUCUAUUCCAUGCAACGAUACCAGUUAGCCGCUUCGUGCACCUUGCUUGUACAGCCGUGUUCCGUGUACCCAGGAGUACUCCUGAAGAAUUUGUAUAAAGCCAUCUCUUAGCCAUCUCUUAACCGUCUCUUGGCCAGCUCUCUUCUACCACUUGUUCUUACACUCAUCUUGGCUAUUCUUUCUCCUUCUUGGCUAUCUUACUUGGUCAUUCUAACCGCACAAUCAUGCCUUCCACCAAGUCCAUGGCAGCUAUGCUGCUUUCCGCCAUGACAUUGGCACCCGCCUUGGCUAAUCCUAUUGCGGCCCCAAUGCCGACCGCUGCUCCAAGCCCCGUCGAGGUUGAAUCUGCCUUUGUCGAGCGCAACAUCGAGAAGCGUGCCGCAACCUGUACUUUCAGUGGCUCCCUCGGUUAUUCUUCCGCCAGCAAGUCCAAGGCAUCAUGCUCAACUAUUAUCCUUAAGGAAUUGACUGUCCCCGGUGGUGUCACCCUUGACAUGACCGAUCUCCCUGAUGAUACUACUGUCAUCUUCCAAGGAGAGACAUCAUUCGCCUUCAAGGAGUGGGAAGGACCACUUUUCGCUGUCAGUGGAAACAACAUCAAGGUCGCAGGAUCCAACGCCGACACCGCCAUUCUUAACGGAAACGGUGCUUCUUACUGGGACGGUGAGGGAGGAAGCGGUGGCAAGACUAAGCCAAAGUUCUUCCAAGCCCACGACUUGACUGAUUCGCUUAUCGAGACUCUCACCAUUCUCAACCCCCCUGUUCAAGUUUUCAGUAUCAACGGUGUUUCAAACCUUGAAUUGGCCUACAUCACUGUUGAUGCUUCCGCUGGUGAUUCUUUGGGCAAGAACACCGAUGCUUUUGACAUUGGUGCUUCCGACACUGUUCUUAUUGAGUACGCCACUGUCUACAACCAAGAUGACUGCGUUGCUAUCAACUCUGGAAGCAACAUUAUCUUCAAGAAUGGUUACUGCUCAGGUGGCCACGGUCUUUCCAUCGGAUCCGUAGGAGGACGUAGCAACAACACCGUCGACACUGUCUCUUUCCUCAGCUCCACUGUCACCAAGUCCGUCCAAGGUAUCCGUAUCAAGACUAUCGCCGGCGACACCGGAACUGUCAACAACGUCGAGUACGAUGACAUCACCCUCAGCAGCAUCUCUAAAUACGGUAUCCUCAUCGAGCAAAACUACGAUGGUGGUGAUCUUCACGGAGACCCUACCACUGGUGUCCCCAUCACUGAUUUGACCAUCAAGAACAUUUCUGGUACUGGCGCCGUUUCCUCCUCUGGAUACGAUGUCGUUAUUGUCUGUGGUAGCACCUCUUGCAAGUCCUGGACUUGGUCCUCUGUUGCUGUCACUGGUGGUAAGACAUACUCUUCUUGCCAGAAUGUCCCAAGUGUUGUUGGUUCUUGCUCUUAAGCGAUCAACAAGAGGAAUUCUUGGGGUUUUAGCCAAAGCAUGUGUUGAGCUGGAUGGAAAGUUGGAAGAUGAAGGUCCCUAUAUAAGUCCUUUGAUCUGGAGUUGUACAUAUCUUAUUCUCUUCGCUAUAUAUAUUUGAAAAUUGAUUUCUUGAACAAGUAACAGCUGCGCAUUGCAAGUUUUAUCAUGACUUUUGUGAAAAACAGGAAAGCAAAAACUAGUGCUCAGACCCCAGUGCUAAAGUGUCUUAUCUUUGAACGUCAUUAUCAUGGUCAAUAAUUUUGGUAACUGUAAGGUUAUACACUGUAUGUAGUAACAUUCCAUAUUCCAAGGCGUCCAGAAAUUUCGCCACAAGUAACAUAAGAUUUCCAAGCAGCGAGUCUCAUACACGUACUUUCUGACUCUUCAUCGACAAAAUCAACGGUAUGUGUAAGACCCUUAGAAACUGCGAAAUGAUAACAUGAUUAUUCUCAAGCACCACUUGUGUGGAGAGAACUUGACCAAGGGUAAUCUAUCUCCUGAAGUCUUGCUCGCCUGGCUGAGUCCUCGA